AUGAGUGAGAGAGGCUCGGAGAUUGUCUUCCGGGCGGAGAAUAUUCCGGUCCGGUUCUUUAAAGCAUGUCGGUGGUGCCGCCGGCAGAAGAUGCGUUGCGACGCACGAAAUCAGGUCCCUUGCUUCCGCUGUAGCUCAACAGGACGUGACUGCAUUCUUGAUCCAAUUGAAGAUACCCGAAGACGCAACGAACGCCGGAGAAAAACAGCCACACCAGCACGUACUUCUGCGGUAGCAACUCCGCUAGAUCAUCGAAGCGGCUUUCAUACUCCAAUCUCAGGGGAGCGUGAAUACUCUCCGGUAACCGGACAGGAUGCGUCUUUCGAUGCCUCUAUUGACUCGCUGCCGGAGUCAUCUGCUUUCAGAGAACCAAGACGAUCUCAAACAGCAGAUCAUCAUGGUCCCGAGUCACAGCAAUUGAGCCCCAACGAUAUGAUUGCACCGGUCUCAGCUGUUCAUUCUAUGUCUGUCAACUUGCUCGGCUCAGAUGAUAUAUUCAUGGAACAUUCAUCCAGUGGAGACCCUCGAGGCGACAUUAUUGCGAGGGGUAUCGUUACAGAAGAGCGUGCGAGAGUCAUGUAUGAACGAUUUACCGGUGGCAUGAAGAACUUCUUGGGUCUUUUCGACCCGAUCCGGGACACAUUCGACUCCGUCCGGUCACGUUCACUAUUUUGCUUCACUGUGAUCAUUUACCUCGCUAGUCGCGCUGUCGUGGAUCUACGAACUGAUACGCACAUGCAACGUGUCUUGCAAGACGAAGCGCAGAGAUUGGCCGAAGAUAGCUUUUUCGAACGCCCCACGAAGCUCGAGACUGUCCAAGGAAUGAUUCUACUUGCUGCAUACUCGGAGAAAACCUGGUUUUCCACAGCUCUUAUAUUACGUACUGCAUUGGAUUCGGGUCUAGAAAAGUCACUGGACCGGUUACUAUCCCAAGAAAAUGUUCCAAGAAGUUCGCUGUCUGCUUCAAUGGCAGACCGUCAGCUGGUCUGGGAAACGCGAACGUGGCUCAUCAGUUUUACUUUGGAACUGGAUGUAGCUUCUGGAACAGGCCGCAAGUCACGCAUCGGUGAGGUGGAUAUAAUGAAGCUACGCAGGUUUCUUGACUAUCCAUUAUCACUUCCCUCGGAUAUGCGAACAGUGUGUAUCGUUGAGCUUCAUCAACUCCGAGGGAACUCUCGCAUGGUGAUCGAGAAUUGCGGUAACAUUUGUGAUAUUGUUUCAUCAGAGCUGCCAGCUAUAAUGACAAGGUUACAGAGUUGGUGGACUACAUGGGACGAAAUCCAUAUGAACAACGGGUUCCACGCCGGAGCUUUCCAGCGAAGCAGCCUGAAACUUAUGCUUCUGUACGCUAGGAUAUUUGUGCUAUGUGCGUCGCUGGCUCGUAUCCAGAAGUUGCAGCCCAGAACGCAAAACUCCGACAUCGAAACAAUAGACCAGGAUGUGCUGAACUUGUGGCAGUCAUUAGUCACCACUAUCAUGGAUCAGAUGGCAUUCUUGAUCAACGAGCCGGCCUACAGAUGUCAGCUGCCAUGGGCCCCCACAUACCCUGCUCUGACAAUUGCCUUUGUCACGACCUUUGCACUUCGGAUUGCACGCUGGCGUCCAAAUAUGAUCGACCAAGAUAUUCUCCUGGGAAGAGCAGAAAUGAUCUGCGAUUUUCUUAAGCAGCCACCUUACCCGGACAUCCACCGUACCGUCUCCAUAUUCGUGAACUACGCACGAGCAAUUAUUGCUAGUCAGCGUCCGAGGAGCCACGGCAGCGCCGAGGGACCAAAUGUUUCCGAGCAAGGCGAUGGGUCCUUGCCUUUCGACAGGGGGCCCGACAGUUCCAUGCAGAAUCCCCCUCAUGUGGCACUGGAUGACCCUCGCUACAGAACCGGCACAUCUAUUCCGAACGAGAAAGUCCCGAAUCUAGCCCCACUGCCGAGUAAUGAUGCAGCUGCCACGACUAGACCGCCUCCCCCAAGGCUGCCAGACACAAUGGAAGCGCCCAAUUGGACCAUGUCAAAUUCAAUCGCGGACUCUUUUGGUCUUUUUGAAGAAGGCCAAAACGAUAUUUUUGACUUCUUGCCCGUGAUGCCGUCUUUGCCGCAGUAA